AUGAAUCCGAACUACAGCAAGUUCAGUUGCUCUCUCCUCUGUUAUACUCUUCAAGUUGGCGCGAGACACCCUCCGUCUCCGUCGCUCGCAAUCCCUCUUCAUUUAAGACGGAUGGAGAGUGCUAGAAUAGCAAGGUGUAGUUAUCGUGCUGUAACUGUCAUGAUUGCAUUGUCUGAACAUAGUAAAUAUGUGGAUAUUUGUAAUGAGAUAUGUUUAAGGUUUAAGGAACUUAAGGUAGGGAGUUACGAGCUGACAUAUUCUCUUCCUGAGCAUCCUACUUGUUUGCUGCAAUCGGAUAUGGACAUGCAUUUGAUGCUAAUGUGUUUAUCAAUGUUGAAGAUUAGUUUUGUUGAUAUACUGGUGAAGGAUCUGGUGAGUUCAAAUAAUGAAGAUGGUGAUCAUACAACAUCUAAUCAAGCAGCUUCUAAUCAUGAAUCGUCUAAUCAUUCAGCAUCUAAUCAUAAAGCUUCUAAUCAUUCAGCAUCUAAUCAUGCAGUGUCUAAUCAAGAAGCUUCUAAUCUUUCAGCAUCUAAUCAUGUAGCAUCUUCUUCAUGCAUGGUAGAAAAUAGUGCUAUUGACGAGAAUGAACAUUUGGAUAACUCCAGAUUGCAUGAAAGCAUUGCAUAUUUGUCUGAGGGUUGGAAGGAAUAUAUUAAUCAUGAAGGUCAGAAGUUUGUGGGCGGGGUAAUCGAAUUUCGGAACAAGUUGCGUAAGUAUGCAGUUGGUAUGGGAUUUCGUUUUGUCUAUCAAUCCAAUGAUAAGUCACGUGUUAUUGCUGAUUGUUUUAAAAAGAAAUCAGAUGGAUGUAAGUGGCGUGUAUAUGCUUCACUAUGUCAAGCUAAUGGUUUUUUCUACAUAAGGACUUUAAAUAAUGUUCACACGUGCAUGGGUGUUGGUCGUGAGAAGAAAAGUAAAAUGAUUACGUCAAAGAUGAUAUCUUCUAUUGUAGUUGAUAAAAUCCGUGAAAAACCGUCAAUUAAACCAAUAGAUAUUGUCAAGGACUUUAAGCAGAACUAUGGUCUUGAGAUUUCUUACUAUAAUGCAUGGUACGCGAAAGAAUUGGCUAAGAGCGAAGUUCAUGGUGAUGAAUCCUUGUCUUAUAGUCAAUUAGUUUGGUAUCGUGAUGCUUUAGUGUCAACCAAUCCUGGAUCAUCUUGUGUUGUAGAGUGUGAUCCAAAGACUUCUCGCUUUCGGAGGCUUUUUGUUUGUUAUGGUGCUUGCAUUGAGGGCUUUCAAUGGUGCAGACCUUUGUUGUUCAUAGAUGAAACUUUUCUGAAAAGCAAGUAUAAAGGGCAGCUAAUUGGUGCCACGGGGAAGAAUGGAAACCAAGGAUUUUUCCCCUUUGCUUUUGCUAUCGUGGACUCAGAAAACAAGGAAAACUGGAGCUGGUUCUUCGAAAAUUUAGCUAAAGUUUUGACUCCACAAGGUAGGACCAUUACAUUUGUAUCUGAUCAUAACAAAGAUGUGAUUGAAGCUGUUUCAAACAUAUUUCCCACAUCCCAUCAUGCGUUUUGUUUGAACCAUUUGAAAGAGAAACUUGGAUCUAAAUAUCCCCCUACAAAUGGUAAAUUGUUCCGGGAUGGAAUUGUUGAACGUUUUAUGAAAUGUGCUCAUGCUCCAACGGAAGCUGCUUUUGAAUUUAAUAUGAGAAAUUUAAAAGAAGAAGGUGGGGCUCCGGUUCAGACUUUUCUAGAUAAUCUUCCUAAAGAGAAUUGGUCAUCUGCUCAUUUUAAGGGCAAUCGAUAUGGUGAAAUGUGUAAGAAUGCUUCUGAAUCAUUUCAUUCUUGGAUUUUGGAGCUAUGUGCGUUGCCUAUCUGUCAAAUGCUUGAGGGCAUCAGGAUUAAACUCAUGGUCAUGGUGUCUGAAAGAAGUCGUGAAGCGGGGCAGUGGUGUUCUGUUUUAUGUCCUGAGAUGGAGAAAACCUUGAGUGAAAUGUUGACUGUAGGUCAGCAUUGGAAUGCUAGCCGUUCCAGUACUUCUGUCUUUGAGGUUCAUGCUGAAGUUUCUGUUAUGGUUGAUUUGGUUAAUCAUUUUUGCUCCUGUCAUGAUUGGCAAAUAAAAGGCUUUCCCUGUGCUCAUGCACUUGUUGCUGUUCAAAAAAAUUCUGGUUGCAUGUAUGACUACAUUGAUGAUUACUUCAAGUUGAGCUACUAUAGAAGGUCAUAUGCAACUCUUAUUUCUCCUAUACCUGACACUAAGGAUAUGAUGCAUGAGGGUUCAGAAGAUGUUAUCCUACCUCCACUUAUUAAGAAGGGUAGACCAAGGACUAAAACGAUUAAAUCUGUUGGUAAAGUUCCAAGGGCCAUUACAUGCAGUCGAUGUGGUGCGGUUGCCAGGCAUAAUAAGAAGACAUGUACAGCAAAAUUUUGA